ACCAUGCCAGUCUUAUUUAAAAAAAAAUUUAAUGAAUGAUUGGUCGAAUACCCAUGAAUACAAGCGAGAUUUACAGUCUAAUCUGGCACUUACGGAUCAAAUUCGAUACAUGAAUAUCGAUUUCAUCACUAAAUUUUGAAAGUCUGUAAAAUCUGGGCACUCUAAGCAAAAAUCUGGGCAAAAUCUGUGUCUGACCAAUAUCUGGACGAAGGGUCAAAAGUCUUGGUUUUACAGACAAAUCUGGGCACCUGGCAACCCAGAGUGCAACACUAGUGCAACACUCGGCAUAAACAAAUACGGUAAAAGUUUCCAAAAGUCGGCACAGAAAUUUUCGCAACAAUCUUUAAUUUUACUAUAACUUUGCUAGUUUUAAUGUUAUAAUAAUAAGAAUAAGUUUGUUUCAGUAACUGAAGUGGUUUCAGUAUGGAGCACACGUCUGAAGAAUAUCCACCGUUGGUGGCGUCAAAACCGUGUGAAGAUUCUCCGAUCAACAAAUUUUGUCGGUUGUGUCUCUGUAACACUAACGGUACCAGCGACAACAAACUGCAGCUAGUUCCCCUGGAUUCCACAGUGCGGAACGUAGCCCUGCCGGAAAUGAUAGCCUCGAUAACCGGAAGAGAACUCGUUCAACUCGGAGAUGACUGUCCACAGGUGCUUUGCAUGUCAUGUUUAAGGAAGGUGGAUUACUGCUACAAAUUCCGGAAGGAUUUAUUAAAGGCCUAUGACGCGUUGAAUAGCUUUCAUGAAGGAUCAAUGAUAGAGAAUUUGUUAAAGUAUGAAAAAUUGCAGACAAUUGAAAUAAAAGAAAAUACUCUCAAGUUCAAAACUACUGACGUCAAAUCAGAAGAACAGGAACCUGAUUCGCUCACUACUAAGCGACAGGAUGAUAAAGUACCUAAAUCCGAUGACGAGGAAGAUUUGCCAGAAAAUGAAUCUAACAACGAUGAGGAAAAAAAUGUGAAGUCGACGAAGUCACGCCGAAGAAUAAAAUUACCAAAAGCGAAACCGGAAGGUUAUAAACAUCUGGAAACAAAAAUAGAACGUAACAAAUGUUACAUUUGCGGUGAGUUCUUCGAAAAGCCAAGCGAUGUCGAGCAACAUUUAGUUGAGCAUAAGGAUAUGGUACCGUACAAUUGCGAAGAAUGUUCGAUUGGAUUGCCUUACUAUCAGGCUCCGAAAACGGUUGCGAGUCUGCACAAGCAUAUGCGAAUGCAUGCUGCUCUCAUCAAAUGUCCCAAGUGUCCGUUUCGCGCUCUGAAUGGGAACGCGUUGGCCAAUCACAAAUCUCGCUAUCACAACGAAAAACUCCAAGGAGAAUUCACGUGUGAAGUUUGCGGAAAGGUUUUGCCGAAGAAGAUCAUGUUGAAGCACAUGCGGGAUCACCGGGCGCUCAAUCAGGAACGCAAUCGGUGCUCGAUAUGUGAGAAAAAGUUUACGACUGGUCAACGGUUGGUACGGCACAUGCGGCAGCACACCGGAGAACGGCCUUUCCAAUGCAGAUACUGCGAAAAAACUUUCAAAACCAAAACCUGUGUGUCAAUACAUGAACGAAUUCACACCGGCGAGAAAGGUUAUCAGUGUGCUGAGUGUUCGACAUGCUUUUCCACCAAGCAGCGUUUGGACGAUCAUAUGAUCGCUAACCACGCUGCACCGGGUCGUCCAAGAAUUACUGCCCAAGUUAAUAAAACGAAGAUCUACAUCUGCCCAAUCGAGGGUUGCGACUAUGCGCGAACCGGCUACGGAAACUUCUACCAUCACAAGGCCAAACACGAACCCAAAUUCCAAUGUUCCGAAUGCCCGAAACGGUACCCCACCAGACAGGCGUUGGACCAUCACAUGUUCGUACACACCGGCGAAAAGCACUACUGUUGCGAGCUGUGCGGGAAAAAGUUUCGCGUCUUGCAAAGUCUCGUCUACCACAUGGCGGAUCAUAAGAACAUUCGGAAACAUAAGUGCGACAUUUGUGGCAUGGCUUUUGUUAGGAAAAACACUCUCGCUAUGCACCUUUUGAAGCACCAGGAUACGUUAAACUACGCAUGUCGAUAUUGCCACAAGAAGUAUAGAUAUCCAGGGGAUCUUUCGAAACAUGAACGGUCGUGCACUAUUGAAAACCAGCUUCAGCUCAAAUUUGAAGUUGAAAGUCCGCCACAUUUUCCACUUGGCGAAGAGGAGUAUCUUCAGAGUGAGGAUGAACUUCAAGAGGAAAAUUAAACCGAAUAAUGUUACAGGUGAUUGUCUUGAUUGCUUCGAAUUUUUCCAAAUAUGUUUCCCGUUGGACAAAUGUCGAUUUAUUGUGAAUGUGGGAAAGAGUUCUCUGGCAAAUUUAACCAAUGUAGAGAAUUCAAGCAUGCAUUGUUUAUUCCGUCUAUUAAAAUUUCACCUAAUAUCAUCAGAAA